AGAGGCCGACGUGAUCAGGGACCGCGCGCGGUUUAUUGGCAAUCGUCGACGAUAGUAGUAAUAUACUAAUAUAGUACAACUAUAGAACGACCACGCACGUCAGAAUCGUCAUACUGCUCGACACUCGUACUUCAGUAGUUCAGUUGUUCAGUGCUUCAGUCGUUAUUUACUGCUCGCCAGGUGUACGCGGGUUAGCGUUGUCGAGCGCAAUUCUUUCUAUCCGACGAUUAAAUUAUUAUUACUAUUAUAUUGUACUCGGUGUUGAUAUAUAUUAUUAUCGUACAUGAAUUUUUGCUUAUUUCUCUUUGCUGAACACAGUCUUCCAUAGUCGUAUUUUUUCUAUUUUCUUUCGUUUUCUGUUUUACUGCCCGACGUGUUUUGAUUCCCUUACGGCAUCGCAUUAUUUCGGACGAGGUGUCUUACUCCGAAUUCACGUCGUUCUCCAUCGUCAGCUUGCGAAGUAUCCAGUGAAAUAAAAUACAGUUUCACAAUGGAUUUAGAAUUUGACUCUCCUACGGUGUUAAUUGAAGAUGUCACUUUACCUUCAUUAUUGACAAGUUUUAGUACAUCAACUACAAGUUCAGUAGAAUUUACAUCAUCAGAAUCAGAGUCAGAAACUACUCGAGUACCUAUUAACAAACAAAAAACAAAUAAAUGUAUUUAUAAAGGUCCAAUAAAAUCAUAUUCAUUAGCUGAUUUGACAACAAUAAAGUCUUUCAAACCCCUUAUUCGAGAAGAUUCAGCUAUUUAUUCUACAGAAACAUUAACUAGUGCCAUGACUACCAGAACAGAAUCAGGUAUUCAUAAUUCUAAUAGUUGUCUGAAUUCAUUAGGUAAAACUAAGAAAAAAUAUGCACAUGUUGAAAGUAAAGUAAAACAAUACAUUAAGGAUAUCAAAGAUAAUGAAGCUAAAAGUAAAGCUACUAGAUAUAGUUUACAACCUUCAUCAAGAAAACAGCAAGUAAAUAAAUAUGUUGAUGAAAUGAUUAAAACUGAAGGUGAAGAAAUUAUUAAUUUAAAGAGCAAUUUGAAAAAACUGGAAAUUCAAUUAUUGGAGAAAAAUAGACUUAUAGAACAACUUCAAUACAAUUAUAAAGUAAUGGAAAAUAAGUAUAAUUCUGCAACAAAUAUUAUUUUGAAAUUGGCUAAACCUAGUAGAGAUGUGUUAAAAUUUACUGAAAACGAAUUAAUAGAGCCAUUAUCUCCGGGUUAUAAUAUACCACCACCUAAAGAAGUAUGGGGCCGUGGUUAUAAAUUAAAAUCAUCUAAUACGUUAUCAGCUAUAAGAAAAGAAAACUUAAGUCUAGAGAAAGAAAAUGGUCUUAAAGUUCGAAAAGUGAAAUCAGGAGGUGACUUAAUAAAUUAUUCCAAUAUUAAUACCUACAAAACACCAAGAGAUUCAAGAUCUGCUAUACAAAAGGUAAAGUUAUGGCAAGAAUCAUUGGCAAGCACUGAUGUGUCUGAAAUGGAUACAGAUCAAGAUGUAGAAUUUCCGUCACCACAUUCGUAUUCUGUUUCAUCUAAUGAUUUAUCAUUGAGUUCAUUAGAAAUUGCACCAGUGAUAAAUAACAAAUAUCCUAAUAAACACGAAUGCCGUAGUGAUUCAUCUGGUUGUGGUAUGUCUUCAACUAGAGUAUCUAAAGAAAAUACAUUAGUUAGCGGUAUUAAUAUAUCAAUUGAUAACAAUGAACUUUGCUCUCCCUGUGAUAUGGUAAAAUUACACUCUUCUACACCUAUAAAACAUAUUGAGCAUGAUUUAUAUUCAACUAAAAAUAAAAACACAGCUGUAUCAAACAAACAAAACGAUGAAUCACAAAAGCGCCGUUCAUCAAAAAAAUACAGAAAAACGAAAUCUAAAAUUGAAGAAAGUCAAUGCCCUAAUGAAGUUGAUGAAUUUAUGUGUCAAUUUAAACAUUGUAUUGGUGUCAUUAAUGGUGUAGUCACAAAAAUGGAAGAAAGCUUUAUGUCACAAAGAUAAUUUCUUUUUUUUUGUUUAAAAUGGGUUGUGCCUAUUUUUGUACUCCAAUAUUAUAUACUAAUGAAUUGAGUUUAAAGGUUAUCAUUUAUGCCUAUAUAUUACUAUUUUUAUAUUGAAGGGUUCUUGUAUUAUUAUAAAAAA